CGGCGCCGCCCGGAGCCGCGAGCGCGGCCGGAGCGAGGCGCGGGCUGUGGGGCCGCCGCGUGCCCGGCCCCGCUUGCCCGUGCCCGCCGCUCUCCCGCCAUGCCCGGCUUCGACUACAAGUUCCUGGAGAAGCCCAAGCGGCGGCUGCUGUGCCCGCUGUGCGGGAAACCCAUGCGCGAGCCCGUGCAGGUUUCUACCUGUGGCCACCGCUUCUGCGACACCUGCCUGCAGGAGUUCCUCAGUGAAGGAGUCUUCAAAUGCCCUGAGGACCAACUUCCCCUGGACUAUGCCAAGAUCUACCCAGACCCAGAGCUGGAGGUCCAGGUGCUAGGCCUGCCCAUCCGCUGCAUCCACAGUGAGGAGGGUUGCCGCUGGAGUGGGCCACUUCGUCAUUUACAGGGACACCUGAAUACCUGCAGCUUCAAUGUAGUUCCCUGCCCCAAUCGCUGUCCUGCCAAGCUGAGUCGCCGUGAUCUGCCUGCACACUUGCAACACGACUGCCCAAAGCGGCGCCUCAAGUGUGAGUUCUGUGGCUGUGACUUCAGUGGGGAAGCCUAUGAGAGCCAUGAGGGUAUGUGCCCCCAAGAGAGUGUGUACUGUGAGAACAAGUGUGGUGCCCGCAUGAUGCGGCGACUACUGGCCCAGCAUGCCACUUCUGAGUGCCCCAAGCGCACCCAGCCUUGUACCUAUUGCACAAAGGAAUUUGUCUUUGACACCAUCCAGAGUCACCAGUACCAGUGCCCAAGGGUGCCUGUGCCCUGCCCUAAUCAGUGUGGCGUGGGCACUGUGGCUCGGGAGGAUCUGCCAAAUCAUCUGAAGGACAGCUGUAGCACUGCCUUGGUGCUAUGCCCGUUCAAAGACUCCGGUUGCAAGCACAGGUGCCCUAAGCUGGCAAUGGUGCAGUACAUGGAGGAGAGUGUGAAGCCACAUCUGGCUAUGAUGUGUGCCCUGGUGAGCCGGCAGCGGCAGGAGCUGCAGGAGCUGCGUCGAGAGCUGGAGGAACUAUCAGUAGGCAGUGAUGGCGUGCUCAUCUGGAAGAUUGGCAGCUAUGGACGGCGGCUACAAGAGGCCAAGGCCAAGCCCAACCUCGAGUGCUUCAGCCCAGCCUUCUAUACACAUAAGUAUGGUUACAAGCUACAGGUGUCUGCAUUCCUCAAUGGCAAUGGCAGUGGUGAGGGCACACAUCUCUCUCUGUACAUUCGUGUGCUACCAGGCGCCUUUGACAAUCUCCUUGAGUGGCCCUUUGCCCGUCGUGUCACUUUCUCCCUGCUGGAUCAGAGCGACCCAGGGCUUGCUAAGCCACAGCAUGUCACUGAGACUUUCCACCCUGACCCAAACUGGAAAAACUUCCAAAAGCCAGGCACUUGGCGAGGCUCCUUGGAUGAGAGUUCUCUGGGUUUUGGAUACCCCAAGUUCAUCUCCCACCAGGAUAUCCGAAAGCGAAACUAUGUGCGAGAUGAUGCAGUCUUCAUCCGUGCCUCUGUUGAACUGCCCCGGAAGAUCCUCAGCUGAGUGCAGAGCUGGCAGGCUCAAGGGGAGAAGGGGGCAUGGAUGGGACAUGAUUUAUCAGGCACUGGUUGAACCUGGAGAGAGGGGGCAGGACCUCCUUUCAGCUUCUUAUGCUGCCUGGGUUGUUACCCUGUUUUCCCCCUACCACUACCACCCUCAGGUGCCUCCAAUUGGUGCUUCAGCCCUGGCCCCUGCGGGGAGCAGGUCUCUGGGUUAUCAAGGGCUGGAAACAAGUGAUCCCAGGGCCUGUCUCCCCUCCUGGGCAGGGCAGGUAUGCCUUGGUGCCAACCACAUUCUACCUGGACUGAGGUACCUGCUCAGGUGCUAUGUCCCAAGAGCCAUAGGGGGAGGGAUUGGGAAAAGGAGGGGUAGUUUAAAAAAAAAAAAAAAUCUGUCUUGAGAUUUGAUUUUUCUUUCCCCAGCUGUGUCCCUUCUGGUUAUUUAUUUCCUUAGCACCAGGAAGGCACAACAGGGGAGCCCUGAUUUUUAAUAAAUCCUGAAUUGUAUUUAUUAA